UUUCGUCAUUUUGAAGCAUUGGAAACUGGUGACUUCACUUCAGUUCUGGUUACGUAGGUCUAGUUCUCUUUCAUUGGAUCAACGACGAUUGAUUCAUUAUUGAUUAAUUCCGGCCAUGCGAACACGAAAUGCUGAUCCUGCUUCCAAAUCCGCAACCCCUAAGAAGACGCCACCGCCGAGGAAAUCCCCUGCGGCGAAGCGCACACCCGCCACCAAAACCAGAAGCACAAAGAAGAAAGAGGUCUCAGCCGCACCCGAUUCCAAAACCGAUCAAUCUCCUGUGGAGCAGAAACCGGUAGCUAGUGGUAGCAGUACAAAAACUGCGAAAAUGAAGGCUCCAGGGAGACCUAGAGUUAAAGCAAUUGAUACUCCGAAUUUGAAAGAACAACGUCAGGCAGUAGCUGAUGAAAUUCUUAUUGAAGACAAAACCGAGGCUGCAGAGAAAGUGGAAGAUGUUGAAGUUGUUGAUGCAGAUAAUAUUGAGGGUGAGAAAGAGGGGGAUCAAGGUAUUGAGUUUUCUGAAGAUAAGGAACAGAAGUCGAUGGAAGUGGAUGAACCUGUUGUUGAAAAGGGGAGUGACAUAAUGGAAGUUGAAGUAACUGCUUCACAGGAUGUUUCUGUUUCUUUUCAGCGACUAGGGCGGCCCAUUAUGGACCUCAAUAUAUCUGCAGAUAAUGAAGAUUGUACUGCUGAAAAGGAGGGAGUGAAGGGAAAGGAAGUGUUCAAAGAUGAAGAGAGGGGCAAAGGAAAGGAGAAGUUGAAAGAACAGGAAGGAGAUGGAGGGAAGGAAGAGGUGAAAGUGCAUGAAGGGGACAAAGGACAGGAAGAAUUGAAAGAACUGGAAGGAGACAAAGGAAUGGAAGAGUUGAAAGAACUGGAUGGGGAGAAAGAAAAGAAAGAGUUGAAAGCACCCGAUGGAGAGAAAGGUAAGGAAGAGUUGAAAGAACAUGAAGGAGAGAAAGGUAAGGAGGAAUUAAUAGAAUGGGAAGGAGAGAAAGUUAAAGAAGAGACGAUAGAACAAGAAGGACAUAAAGUAAAGUUUGACUUGAAAGAACAGGAAGUAGAAGAAGGGAAGUUGAAAGAACAUUAUCCAGAGAAAGCAGAGGGAGAGGAAACAAACCUUUUUGGACAUGAAGAGAACACUAAGUCGCUUGGUCUAGAAGUGAAAGCCCAGAUGCAAACAGAAGAUGCUAAUCCCAUUAAAGAUGGUGGUGAAGGACCCAUGAGUGGUGAAAAGAUAGAUCUUCGAGGACAAGGGAAGGUGGAGCUUGCUGAAGAAGAUCCGGAGGAAGAUCCAGAAGAAGAUCCAGAAGAACCUCUAGAUGAAAUUGGGGCGUUGGAGGAGGAGCAUAGGGAAUUGGAGGCCAUUGCAAAUCAGCGAAAGAUUAAAAAAGAGCAUGAGAUCUUUGUUGGUGGGUUGGAUCGUGAUGCUACAGAGGAAGAUCUGAGAAAGGUUUUCCAGAGGAUUGGGGAGAUACUUGAAGUCAGGUUGCAUAAAAAUUCUUCAACAAAUAAAAACAAGGGCUAUGCUUUUGUGAAGUUUGCUAAUAAGGAGCAUGCUAAGAAAGCUUUGUCUGAAAUGAAGAACCCUGUUAUACGUGGUAAACGGUGUGGCACUGCACCUAGUGAGGAUAAUGACACAUUAUUCUUGGGAAAUAUUUGCAAUACUUGGACAAAAGAAGCUAUUAAACAGAAGCUGAAGGACUAUGGCAUUGAAGGUGCUGAAAACAUUACGCUUGUCCCAGAUGUUCAACAUGAGGGCUUGAGCCGGGGUUUUGCAUUUGUAGAGUUCUCUUGUCAUGCAGAUGCCAUGCUUGCAUAUAAGAGGCUUCAAAAGCCUGAUGUUAUCUUUGGCCAUGCUGAACGAACUGCCAAGGUAGCCUUUGCUGAACCCAUGCGUGAACCUGACCCAGAGAUAAUGGCACAGGUGAAGUCUGUGUUUAUUAAUGGUCUCCCUCCACACUGGGACGAAGAUCAUGUGAGGGAGCUAUUUAAAUCUUAUGGUGAAAUUGUAAGAAUCGUCUUAGCACGGAAUAUGUCUACUGCUAAGAGGAAGGAUUAUGGAUUUGUUGAUUUUUUUACCCAUGAAGCUGCUGUAGCUUGUGUUGAUGGUGUAAAUAAAUCAGAAAUGGGUGAUACGGCAUCAAAGAUAAAAGUGAGAGCUAGACUUUCAAACCCUCUGCCUAAAACACAGGCUGUCAAAGGUGGUAUGUGUGGUGGGUUCCGAAUUGGUCAUGCUAGGAGUGCAGCCUUUUCAAGACCAGUCCCUACUAGAGGGAGGGGGUUUGGGCGAGGAAGACAGCCCUUCAACAACAGGGGAAAUUUCAACAGGGAUAGGAGUUUCUAUCACGGUGGAAACAGUCAAAUUGGAAGAAUGGGUUUUCGGGAUGACCUUGAUUUUAAUAUACAUCCAGAUUUCCGUCAAAGGCAAUUUGGUCCACAAGGAGCUGUGAGGGGUGGACAUUAUGCUGGUAGCCGAGGUGCUUCAUUUGCUGGACCGUCUAGACCUUAUCAAUACAGAGCAUGGUAUGGUAUGCCUGAUGGAGGUUCUAGUGAGCCUGUUCCUCCAAGGAGGACCUACUCCCCUGGUGGACAAUUUGACAUGCCUUUUAUGGGAAGACAUUUUGAUGAUCCAUAUCUAUACGAUGACAAUAUACAUGGAAUGAAACGUCCGUUUUAUAUGACUGACCCUGAACCUGAUUACAUGGGCCCCAAUAGACUUCGUCCCCGUUUGGAUUAUGCAGAUCCUCCUAUAUUUCAUGGAACUCAUCACCAUGAUUCUUUUGGGUCUGGCAGCAGACAGUACCCGCCUGACUACUAUGCUUCCGAUUACGGUAGAGGUUCAUAUUCAUCUUAUUAUGGGGGUGAUGGCUCACAUGGACAUGGAUACUAUUAUUGAUGUGAUGAAUCAUUUGGUGCAUCUGGAACUGUGGGACAAACAUCUUCAAAUAUAAGCUUGCUACUUGAGCAUGCAAUUCUGAAGUUGCAUAUUUAGUUUACAGUCUUCUCUUACUCCUUUGCCACCUGGUUUGUUUCUUUAUAUAUCUAUAUCUAUUUGGUCAUAGGUGGUAUAGACUAAAUUGUUUAAUGAUUUUCGGGUAGGUUGUCUUUCAGGUCCUGGAGUAAGGUAUUAAUAAGAUUAUAUGGAAUGGGCUAGUUUUUCUUGAACAACUUAGGUAUGAUGAGAUCAGGGACUUGUAUUUGAGGAUGCUUUGUUGAAUGAACAAUAUAAAUCUGACUCGUCUAAUAUAACUUUGAUGAUCGGAAAGUUUAAAGGACUAUUGGAAGCAAAGAAAUUUAGCCAUGAUGGAUUUAUCUUUUUAUCAAGUGAUAGACAAGGUUUGGUAUUUGAAUAUGCAUAUUGAGGCUCUUGUGGUUCUAAUGGAUGCCUUUGGAGAGUUUGCUACAGUUCACUUUCAUUAUUAGGAGCCAAUAGUGAUCUGAACUGAAAGCUUUACCCUAUUUUGGAGUUCUUUUGAUUGGCUGGGAUCCUUCAAGUAUUUAUUGAUAUCCAUACAUAAGCAGCCUUUUUAUGGUGAAGUUUAUGCUUACUGAAUUUACUGGAAGACUAGACUAGGGACUAAAUACAGUGAAAGGCUGACUUUCAUUUGGCAUGGUGUUCAUGGAUAAUGCUACGGUUAUGGAGUAAAUGAUAUAUAUUAUUGGUUUGGUUCCUUGUGACGCUAAGUUAUUACUAAUUUGGGUUUCCUUGAGGAGAUCUCCAUACUAAGUAAUUGCUGAAACAUGUUGUGAAUCAUCAAUCCAAUGGAACAUUUUUGUAGUGAGAUUAUUAGGUUGCUUAUCUUGCUACAGUUUUUUAAGAUUUUUUAUUGUAGUGUGAAUAAGUGGACGUUUUUUGAAACGAAUUGUGAAGCACCAAUCAUAUGGAACUUUGGAAAAAUGUUCUCUUUCUGUGGAUUUUUAGAACUUUUAUUGUAGUGAAUAGGUGGUGGGUUCAUAGUGAUAGGAAUGGUAUGUAGCAUGGACCAGUCCCUGUCUCUUGAAUAUUGAAUGGUGAAGUUAUGAAAUAUCUGAAAGUUUGAGGUGUAAUACGAUUUAUUCUGAGCUCUACUAAUUUGUUUAAAAAUCACAAAACUCGCCUAAAGCAGUUAAAGAUGCAAUUUGUCAUGGUUAACUGCUUAAGAUCUAGACUUGGAUUGAAAAUAAGUAGAAUGCUAAGAAGAUUUGGUUGUCAUGCAUUCAAUUUUUUACUAGGGUUUUCUUUGGGUGUUUAAUGUUUGUGACAUUACAUUUCUGCUGUCUUAUUCUGGAAGUGUGAGUAGUGUUGUUUUCUUUUAACUCCAGUUUUUUGGUCAUAGUCUCUUAUAUAGAAGCUACGGUACAGACGGGGCAAUUAUGUACGUUGUUAUGCUGUUAUAAUGUCUCUUGAAUUGAAUAUAGGAAACACGUUGGUAUGCUUCCCUCAUUGUGUUAUUUUCUUGGUUUGACAUUAUGUAUAAAAGGGUCAGGAAAAGUUCAGUCUUUUAGUUGAA